AUGUUUUCACUUAAUCAACCAUCAACUGGUGGCACCACUGCAGUGUUCAAAGUGGUCGAACCUAAUAAAAUCUAUGUUGACGACGAUGAUGAUGAUGAUACUGGACCGACAAUUUACAUUGCUGUGUUUGUCGGUAAUCGAGUAGAAAAGUGGACGAAAGGAGCAACACACGGUAUUCAAAUCGGUGAUGAAUGUCGCUCGUGUUCGGGUGUAUCGGUUGACAGAGAAAAAAAUGUCUACAUGUCAGAAUCGGAUAGACAUCGGGUGCUCAAAUGGUCACCUCGAACAAAUACAACAACAAUUGUCGCUGGACAAACCGAUGAAAGAGGAUCAUCAAGUGAACAGCUCAGCAAUCCUGAAGCGAUCUAUAUCGAUCAAACCAGCGGUAUAUUCUAUGUGGCCGACUCCCAUAAUAAUCGGAUUCAAAAAUUGAUGAAAGAUUCACUAGAGGCUAUCACUGUAGCUGGAUCGAAAACUGAUAGUCCAGGGACAGAUGUUGGAUCGUUGGCUGAUCCGACUGGUGUAUGGGUCGACGAAGAAACAAAUGUGGUCUAUGUAGCGGAUACAUUGAACAACAGAGUUGAACGAUGGCUGCCCGAUGCAUCAAAGGGAGAUACAAUUGCUGGCGGAUUUGGUUCUGGUGGUGCAGAAAAUCAAUUUAACACACCCAAUGAUUUGACAUUCGAUAGCGAAGGCAAUCUCUACGUGAGUGACACUUGGAAUCAUCGUAUACAACUUUUUCGUAUCAUCGAUAACCAUCCGUGUACUCCAACAUCGACAGUGCGACCAGAAGCUCAAAUAUGCCAAGACGCUGCUCCAUAUGAUCCAUGCUCGACGAACGAAGCCUGUAGCUGUCUUCCUCUAAUGAAUACUAACAACGAUGGUAUCUGUGCUUCCCUGUAUGUCAAAUGUUCUGAAUUGAUUUCCUGUGCAAACAAUAACCGAACAUGCUAUCGACCUGGUCAUCUAUGUGUGAACCAUUCACGAUGCCACAGUACUCCAUUGUGUUAUCCAGCGAACAUGGCGCUUCCAGCUCUGUGUCCACCAAUCUCACCAAUGAAAAAGAAAUGGUCUAAAACCAGUAGUAUGAAUCAUACGCGACGGUCACACACAGCAACGGUAUUAAUAAAUGGGAAAGUCUUAGUGGCCGGUGGGUUUGACAAUGGUGCUAUAAGUAACGCAGAAUUGUAUGAUCCAUCAACAGAAACUUGGACGACUAUUGCUAGCAUGAAUGAUGCACGAGGUGAACAUACAGCAUCGACACUAAUGAAUGGAAAAGUGUUAAUUACUGGUGGACUUGCUAGUCACGAUUUUCUAAAUAGUAGUGAGUUAUAUGAUCCAUCCACAGAGACUUGGACAACUACUGGUAGCAUGACUAAUGCGCGAGGUGAACAUAUAACUUCCAUAUUACCAGAUGGAAAAGUGUUAGUUACUGGUGGAUAUGGCGAUGGCCAUUGGUUGAAUAGUGCUGAGCUAUAUGAUCCAUCGACAGAAACUUGGACAACUACUGGCAGUAUGAAUAAUACUCGCAGUGAACACACAUCAUCCGUAUUAGCAAACGGAAAUGUUUUAGUAACCGGUGGACAUGUUAGUCGUGAUCCUCUAGCUGGUGCUGAAUUGUAUGAUCCACCAACAGAAACUUGGACAACUACUAGUAGCAUGAAAAGCGCACGAAGCGAACACACAGCAUCCGUAUUAAUGAAUGGAAAAGUAUUAGUUGCCGGUGGAUCAAAUUAUAGUUAUAGUUUAAAUAGCGCUGAAUUAUAUGACCCGUCGACACAAACAUGGACAAUCACUGGUAGUAUGAAUCAUGCGCGAUGGAAACACACAGCAUCCGUUUUAAAAAAUGGAAAGGUGUUAGUUACUGGUGGAUUUGAUCACAGUGCGCUAAACAGUGCUGAAAUAUAUGAUCCAUCAACCGAACUCUGGACAACUAUCGGUAACAUGAAUGAUGCACGGGGUGAGCACGCAGCAUCUGUAUUAACGAAUGAAAAAGUGUUAGUUACUGGUGGAUCUCGUGGUGGUAUGGCUUUGAAAAGUGCAGAACUACACAAAUUGAUUGCACUAGAUGACAGACAUCGUUAA